GACUUUAUUAUCACUGUCACCUGCAGUGCACACAGGGUCCAUGUGAUAGUUUUUGAAAGUCAGUCUCCAUGCAUGCAGGGUUCACGUGAUAAGUUUGAAAGUCAGUCUCCAUGCAUGCAGGGUCCACGUGAUACGUUUGAAAACUUAGGGUCUCCAGGUAUUUUCAAUUUGAGCCUGCAGGCAUAGAUCAGGCUUGAGUAGACGGGUUACAACAAUGGAGAGCUGCAUGCCCAUCUUCUGUCUCACUGUCCUGCUUCUGCACUCACCAGCCAGCGGUGAUGAUCUGAGGCUGGUGAAUGGAGGCAGUCCCUGUGCUGGGAGAGUGGAGAUUCUUCAUGCGGGACAGUGGGGGACAGUUUGUGAUGAUGAGUGGGAUAUAGAGGAUGCAGGAGUUGUGUGUAAACAGCUGGGCUGCGGAUCGGCUCUUUCAGCACCAGGCGGGGCUCACUUCGGAGCCGGUUCUGGUCCAAUCUGGCUGGAUGAGGUUUCCUGCAGGGGUUCUGAGUCAGCUCUGCGGGACUGUGGAUCUGGAGGGUGGGGAGUGAGUAACUGUGAUCACGGUGAAGACGCUGGAGUGAUCUGUUCAGAGUCUAAUGUCUGCAGUUUUGUGAUUUCAGGACAUAGAGCAGUGCGGUUAAGUGGUGGCAGUGAUCUCUGCUCUGGGAGAGUUGAAGUACAGCAUGUAGAGACCUGGGGAACGGUCUGUGAUGCUGACUUUGACUGGCAGGAUGCAGAGGUUGUCUGUCGGGAGCUGAAGUGUGGAAUUCCUAAAGAGGUGCUGGGAGGAGCCCCUUUUGGAGAUGGGCAGGGUACAGUCUGGUUCGAGGAGAUGCAGUGCCAGGGAAAGGAGCCCCACAUCAGUAGGUGUUUGACUUCAGCCAGCAAGAAGCAGAGCUGCACACACAGGAACGACGUGGGCCUCGUCUGUUUCGGGUACACUGAGUACAGGCUGGUGGGUGGCCCGGACUCCUGUUCUGGUCGAGUGGAGCUGCAGUACGAUGGUCAGUGGGGGACGGUCUGCGAUCGCUAUUGGGAUCUACAGGACGCCACAGUUCUCUGCAAGCAGUUGAAUUGUGGGUACGCUGUAUCAGUCCUGGGGCAGGCCUGGUUUGGUCAAGGCAGCGGUGAUGUACGGGCUGAUAUAUUCGACUGUGAUGGCAGUGAGACACACAUAUCAAAUUGCUCCAUCUCUGCAUGGGGACGAGGUGCCUGCACUCAUAGCAAUGAUGCAGGAGUGAAUUGUUCAGGUCCAUUGCUAACAGCACAAGCAGGUCGAGUCAGGCCUCUACCAAGUAAAUGCAACACCAGUAAUGAAGGGACCACGUUCUGCUCAGAUCACACGGCCCUCAGGCUGGUUGGGGGAGGAGGUGCCUGCGCUGGGAGGGUGGAGGUUUAUCACAACGGCUCCUGGGGGACGGUCUGCGAUGACUCCUGGGACCUGGCAGAUGCUGAGGUGGUGUGUAAGCAGCUCCAGUGUGGGACGGCACUCAACGCCUCAGUGUCAGCCUCCUUCGGCCAGGGGACCGGACCCAUCUGGCUGGACGAGCUGCGCUGUCAGGGGAACGAAUCGACUCUGUGGGAGUGUGCCUCAGGAGGGUGGGGGCAACACAACUGCAGACACAAGGAGGACGCGGGAGUCGUGUGUUCAGAGUUCAAGAAGCUGAGACUGUCUCGGGGCUGUUCUGGACUGGCAGAGGUUUUCUACAAUGGCACCUGGGGCAGCGUCUGCUAUAACGGCAUGGAUAAAAACACGGUUAAGAUGAUAUGCCGUGAGGUCAACUGUGGAGAGAGUUCUGAAAUAUCAAUGCCACUUCCAGCAUCUAGCACUGUGCGCAAGUGGCUUGAUAAUGUUGAAUGCAGAAGGCAUGACUCUACACUGUGGCAGUGUCCAUCUUCACCCUGGGGUCAAAACGACUGCUGGAUCAAUGAGGUGGCUGAGAUUGACUGCAAAGCAGUGGAAAAGAAGCCAACUGUCUCCAGCAUACCCAAGACCUGCUCUGAAGACCUCACUCAGGAGCACUGCUCAGGUUUUCCCCUCACUCCCCCUGGAGAGGAGAGUGCCCGGGCCGCACUGCCCCCUGAAGAAGGACCCGCUGCACUGGAGCCCCCUAGAGUUCUUGAUCUGUAAGAGCGCCAUUAACUGUAAACCUGCCAGACAGUUUCACUGCAGUUCCAGCCUUCCUCUGGGAUUUCACUGUGAAACUCCAUUGGCUGAAUAUUUAACAGGCUUCUCAUAAAAGUGCUUCAUGUAAAAAAUGAAUGUUGUUGCCCGUUAUGCUGCAAAAUUGCAUCUUGUUACAAACAAGCUGCUUAAAUUAAAUCAGUAAACAUGUCUCAAAUGCUAAUAGAACUUUGAAAGAAAUUAAGAAAUUAUAUUUUCCCUAGAAAAAUAAAUCGUUGCUUUCUCAAAGAUCAGUAUUAUGUUAAAGAAAAAUCCACUGGUUUUGGCAACUAAAAUAACUGAAACAGUUCAGAAAUGUAACUAAUAGCCAGUGGGUGGGUGUUUUCAAUGUUUUGGGGGAACACUUUGUUAUAACAAUGAUUUAUGUAUCCCCCACCUCCAUCACCCAUCACAAUUUUAAAGGUAUAAGCCUACACAGACUUCCAAAUGUAUCCAACAAUAUUUUCACAAGUUAUAAGGUUAUAAUGUGUACAGGAAAAUUGGUUGUCAGUCUGCUAUAAGAAAUUCUCAAUGCUAGAGAAAGACAUAAGAAUAUAUCUGGCAUCUUAUUAAAACCAGAAAACGUAUUUUAAUUCAAUAUUUUACUGUGAAAUUCCCCAUUAGUUGAUUCUGACUCUGUUAAGGUGUAGCUGGGGAGUAAUCAGAUACUAGUGUCUGGGAAUAGUGCAUUAAAAUUAUUAAAAAUAAAUAAAUAUUGUCUGAAUAAAAAGUAAUCGGUAUAUUUUGUAUCCUUUUUUCUAGCAAUGUCUCUCCUUGUCUGGCUUUCUUUUAAAUCCAGUCCAUAGUCUUUAAAUACAGAUUGUGUUUUAAUAGGGGUCUGUGUUCCCUCUUUCAGCCUGUAAUUGUGGUGGUGUGCAGUGUUGAAAGUGAUCUGGUUUCAAAAUGGAUUGUUUUGAAAGUCUAUAGUAAAGUUUGGACUUUGAAAAUGUUCUGUGACCCAACUUUUGGCAGUUACCCUGUUUGUAAUUCAUUUAGAGCUUGUUAUACAGAAUAAAUACACAUUUAAAUGUGUUUAUUUUAUUAUUUUAAUAUGUCUGUUCUGCUUCAAUGUACCCUUUCUAAGUGUAUAGCAUUUCUUGCAGAGUGUGCAAUGGCUUGAAGGCUGUAUUUAAAGAAUAAAAUCUCAUUUAACA